UACAGCCUCUCGCUAAGCUAAUUAUCACCAUUCAAAGCAAGCGAAGCCGCUAAACCACACCUACUAACCACGCAAUUAGACAAAACAAAUCACACUCGCUUCGCUAAUCGCUAUUCGCUAACUAACCACCACCUCCGCUUAAACAAAAAAAAAAGAUUAAUAAAGCAGUGGGGAUUUGGGAAGAAAGGGAGGUAUACAGUGGAGAGAUAGGGGAAGAGAGGGAGCGAUCCAAUCGCGUCGCUAAAACCCUAGCGGCUGGCUGAUUUGGGGGAUUGCUCGUCGGAGAGAUGAAGAUCCAGUGCAACGCGUGCGGCGCGGCGGAGGCGCGGGUGCUGUGCUGCGCCGACGAGGCAGCGCUCUGCACGGCGUGCGACGAGGAGGUGCACGCCGCCAACAAGCUCGCCGGGAAGCACCAGCGGGUGCCGCUGCUCUCCGACGACGGCGGCGCCGCGCCCGCCGCCGCCGCCCCGGCCGUGCCCAAGUGCGACAUCUGCCAGGAGGCUUCUGGAUACUUCUUCUGCCUGGAGGACCGUGCACUUCUUUGCAGAGAUUGUGAUGUUUCUAUACACACAGUAAACUCCUUUGUUUCAGUACACCAAAGAUUCCUACUAACAGGUGUUCAAGUUGGCCUUGAUCCUGCUGAUCCAGUUCCACCUGUUGCUGACAAGCAUGUUAAGAGUGCUGGUGGUUCAGUGGAUUCAGCAACUAAACAUUUGCAAAGGAAUCCUACAGACUUAUCUGGUGAAAACAGUGCAUCUUUGCCCAGCCAAAAUGUAAUCAAUGGUAAUUAUUCUAGGCAGAGUUCUGUUACAAUGGCCAAGACAGGACAGGUCAAUUGGACUAUGAGCAACAACACAAUUAGAUCAAUAGACCCUCCACCCAAGUAUUCAUCAGAGGAAAGUCCAGCACUUCUGCUAGCUAGCCACACUAGCACCAUGGCAGCGUACUCCAGUCAAAUCAGUAAGGAUAGUGAUCGGAUCUACAACUUACCAUUCACAGGUGGUAAUGGGUCAGAUAGUCUACAUGAUUGGCAUGUUGAUGAGUUCUUUAGUAACUCAGAAUUUGGCUUUGCUGAGCAUGGUUCUUCUAAGGGUGACAACGCUAAGCCAGGGAGUGCUGGUGGAUCUCCGCAGUGCCGUCUGGCUGAAGGCCUGUUUGUCGAAGGACUUCUAGGUCAAGUGCCUGACAAUCCAUGGACAGUGCCUGAGGUCCCCUCGCCACCGACAGCCUCUGGUCUCUAUUGGCAAAAUAAUUUGCUUUGCCCUUCGUACGACAGCACCAUGUUCGUCCCUGAGAUUUCCUCCUUGGAGAACUCUCAGAACAACUUCACUGUAUCUGCUGGUUUGAAGCGCCGAAGGAGGCAGUUUUGAUCUGCCGAUAGCAUCAGACACCAUUCGGUUUAGUUGGCAGGUCACGUUGAGAGGAGGGCUUCUUGCCUGCCUGACCAAAGCCACAAAACACAGGGAUGGAUGAUCAUCCAGUGGUCAGUCUAAAAAUAUGUUGUAAUGUUUGUGUUUCGACUAUACGUUUGUUGCUGAAGUUUAAAGGCGAGGGAAUUGUUGUGAGAUCUGGGAUGACAGAUUUGUUGUUACCAAUUUUGUGAAUAGUGAAAAUAAAAAGAGCAUGGAUAAGAUCAUGAAUUCAUGAUGCGCAGGUUAAUACAUGUUGAAGUUCCUUAGCCACGAACAGUUUUGGUAGCGGGGUGUAUGAUGUAUGAUGUUAACCACAAUUUUUCGAGCUAGUUUAUGGAGCUAGACGACCUGGGUUCAAACC